GGAAAAGGAACAUUUCUAACCUCCAAAGAGUGACAGUUGCAAGAAUGGAGCCUGUCAAAGAAAUAAACGAAUCAUUUCAAGAAAUCGAACAAACUGUUAUUAAUGAAGAAUCAGAGGUAAAAGAUGAGCCUAAGUCUGAUGGAGAAGAUGAAAUGAUAAUACCAGACGUCUCAGAUGUUGCAGACGUAGAUCCACUUGAAAUAGAAAGUAUAAAACAAGAAGAACUCGUAAAAGAUUCACACAACAGCAAAGCAGCGUUUGAAUUAUGGUCUAAAGACAGAAGACUAGAAUUAAGAACCAAAUUUCCAGAAUUGACCAGAUACAGAAUUACGUUACUUUUGAAUAAAGAGUGGGAAACUCUUCCGGAUGUGGUGAAGCAAAUUUGGUAUGAUCGUGUAAAACUAACAGGUCCGCGAACUGUAAAAAUUCCGUUGAAACCAACAAGGCAAUCAAAUCGGCCACGAAAGCCUAAGGAAAUGAAGGUACUCCCAGAACUUGAAAAAGUUAAAAAAAAGCAAACUAAACCUAAAUCAUCUAAUCCAUAUCGACCAUUCCAACGCCCGGGUGUAACAACAAUCACUUUGUAUCCAGAACAUUUUACUCAAGAACAGAUAAUGGAAAUUGAGAAGAAGCAAAACGAAGAAAAGGAAAAAAGAAAAAAACCUGUGAAUAUUAAUCGCAGAUACACUGCCUACACUUUAUGGGCGAAGGAAAUUGGAGAAAUGUUACGACUUAAAUAUCCAAAAAUGACCUUUAUCGAAACUUCAAAAAGACUGAGUCAAAUGUGGAGGGACCUUUCGGCUUUGGAGAAAUACAAUUUUCGUAGAAGGGCGAAGCGUUUAAAUGACAAAAUUGUCAUUGCACAACCAGAUACGAAGGAAGAGAAAAAUAGAGGUGAUGCAGUCCAAGUUUCAAGCAAGGGAAGAGUACUUGCAAAGUCUAAAAAACUCGAAAACUUUUGUAUGUUUGAUGAUAAAUCCGAAAAAAUUUAUAGAAAAAGUGUCGUAUUAGUACCAUUUUCAGUUGAUUCAAAUAAAAAGGUGGAUACAAUUAGUGAUUCACAGAUUGAAAAAGAAGGAAGAAAAAAAAGAUUUAAAUCUCCCUAAGAAGAAUUUCCCUGUCAAGAAAAAUUAACUUUAAAUACAUCUGAUUCAUCCAGUAUUUUAAAUAAUGAAGAGGACAAUGCAGAGAAGAAUAUAUCAUCCACAAGUUUUAAAAAAUACUCAAAUUCUACUUUUUUUAUUGUAAGUCGAGCUUAAAAAAAUUUCGAGUAUUACAUGUAUUAUUAAAUACUUUUGUAUUAGGUUUAGUUUAAUAUAUAGAAGAUUGCCAUGUUUUGUUUUCAUAAAUAU